GUAACAAGUUCAACUAGUUAGUGUAUUAUGCUCUGCAAUCCUUCAUAAAUUCCAUGGCCUCUGUUUGCAAAUCUAAUCGUGUCAAUGAUACACCCUUACCAGUCAGGCCAAAUUUCACAAACCUCUACAAGUGGCCGGAAUCUGAUGUGGAAUUUGUGAAGACAGUGAACUCUAACAACAACUCCGAGAGUCCUCAUGUUCAUUCCAGAGGAGUUGAUAGCCUCUCCUGCAGGCAAACAUAUUUGAAGAGCUACACUUUCUCAAGGAAGAAAGUUGGUGCCAUUGAGAAGAUCAUCAAGUACUGUUUGAGCAGAACUAAGGAGUUUGUGUUUUGCACUAGCAGUAAAUUGGAUCUUAAGGGUAAUAAUAAGAAGAUUCUUGGGAGGGCUAAGGAUGUCACUUGUGCAGUGGUAUCAAUCUAUCACAGGUUGCUCUCCUACUUUGACAAGUUUGAUGUGGCUCAGAGGUUCCUUGUGAUAUCUAUACUCUAAACUAAAUUCCCAGAACAGCUUCUAAUUUUGCAUGUCUCUUAAGUUGGAAUAAAUGGUUUACCAUUAAGUAUUUUAACCAAGGCUUCCCAUGACCGAUAGUGUUGUGAUGAGUGUUGAGAAUAAUCCUUGGCCGCACAGUCAUUGCAUUUAGCGGUUGGGCCAAAGCAUUUUUCCUUUCACAAAAGUUUAGAGUUAAACGUCCAAUGAUUUGCUUAAUGGGUGAAGUGUUGAAACAUUAUGCCAAUUUACUAGAUUAUCUUGUGUAUAUUUGGAUGGAGAAUGGAAUGCAUCAUUGUAUCCACUCUUAUUAUUUUUAGAUUCACUUCUCCAACGAAAACUUAAUUCUUACAAUCACUUCUCACCUAAAUGUAAAAU